GCCAUUCAUGACCACAAUACAAGAACAACCCGCCAUGGCCACGACCUCGACACCUAUGCUGAUCCCGAGAGAACCGUUCUCAGCUCCAUUGAGCCUUACCACAACCUUUAACGCCAUCCAAUAAUCGUCGCUCUGGAGGGCUAAGCACGCACGCACCUGGCUUUGCAACAUGGCACCGACUAGCCAGGUCACGCACCUCGCCACGAGCGACUCCGCGAGCAAGCAAGACGCCGCCGCCGCCAACCACCUCGAGGCCAGCGGCAAGAUGGGUGUACUAACCGCUGAUCAGGAUGAAGCAUGGAAGAUCUUCGGUGGUGGCCUGGACAACCUCGACUACGCGCCGCACGAGGAAGCACGUGUCCGGUGGAAACUGGACCUGAUUUUGAUGCCCAUGAUGGUCCUGACCUACGUUCUGUGCUACAUGGACAAGGUGGCAUUGUCUGAAGCAUCCGUGUUUGGUAUCCAAAAGGAUCUCGGUCUCGUGGGGCAGCAGUACAACUGGUCCUCGUCUAUCUUCUACCUUGGCUACGUGAUUUGGCAAUAUCCAAGCUCAGUUUUGAUGCAGAGACUUCCAAUUGGUCGCUACUUUGGCUGCAUGAUCUUUCUGUGGGGAAUAACAACCGCCUCAACGGCAUUCACCACCAAUUUUACCACCCUCUGCGUUGACCGUGUUUUCCUUGGGGUAUUCGAGACCUGCAUGAACCCCAUCCUGACGAUCCUGGUCGGGCAGUACUGGACCCGAGACGAACACUCACUGCGGACGUCCAUCUGGUGGUCAGGCAGCGCCGUUGGUGCCUUCAUCGCCGACGCCAUCUCGUACGGUGUGUCGGGGCAGGGGUUUUCUGGGAGUCAGUACUCAAUCUGGCAGAUAAUCUAUCUAGUCUUCGGGCCAAUAACAAUUGCUUGGGGAGUCCUGAUCUUUUGCGCAGUGCCGUCAUCACCGAUGAAGGCUUGGUUUCUCACCGAGCGUGAGCGCAAGAUAGCCACUACAAGACUCACGGCGAAUCGUACUGGCGUUUUGAACAACAAGUACAAGAUCAACCACGUCAAAGAAUGUCUCAAAGAUCCUCAGGCCUGGUUACUGGCCAUCAACGCCUUCCUGCAGUGCAUUCAGGGUGGAGGACUCACUUCUUUUUCGAAGGUUGUCCUCACCACAGGCUUGGGGUUCUCGAGUCGGCAGUCGACACUGAUGGGCAUGCCUUCGAACGCCAUACACUUGGUCUCCGUGAUCCUUGCAGGAUGGUUCUGCAGCCGCUACCGCAAUACCAGAUGCUACAUGAUGAUUGCGACCAAUGUCAUCGUCCUCAUCGGUGCCGUCUUGAUUGACAAUCUUCCCGCUUCGAAUCACAGUGGCCGCCUUGCAGCGUUCUACAUCCUCUACGUUAACACGGUGCCUUUCGGCUUGGGGAUGAGCAUGAUAUCCUCCAAUGUCGCCGGGUUUACUAAAAAGGCAACCGCUAGUGUCCUCAUGUUCGUCGGCUACUGUUUGGGCCAGUUCUGCGGGCCUCUGUUCUUCAUUGCCUCUGAGGCACCCUACUAUCCGACCGCCUUCCGCACCUUCUACGCGUCGGUGUCGCUCAUGAUUGGGAUUGAGCUGAUGCUUGUAUCUCAGUUUCAGGAUUUGACGGACUGGGAGCAGCCUCAAUUUCGAUAUCAUGAGAUGCACAUUGCCGCCAUGGCUCAAGUGGCCCACGACGAUGACACGCCAAGACAGUCACAGAACACGAUGGAGUCUAAGACAAUGGAGGAUGACUGGUUUCUCUUCCACGACUUUGAUGCUUCCGAGCUCGACAUUGCUGUUGCCGACAUGUCUGCCAUCUUUGGCGGCCCCGAAGACGUCAGUGUCAGUGACCCCGGACCCGUCGUGGAGACGUCCUUGGACCUCGCCAUCCCAACUCCAUCGCCGAUCACGAGGGAAAUUCUGGCUGCUCUUUCCGCGGAACUAGCCACCAGCAUCAACACUCCAUCUCCGUCUACCGUCUCGAUCUCUGACCACGUGCUCGCGCAGCACUACAAGCAGAAGCUGACGGGGCGGUACAGCUCCAAGGACCCGGCGUGGAACUACUACGUGCAUUUCUACAACCGCUUCAGCAGCAGCCACCCCUUUGUGCUGUCGGCCCUGUACGCGUGGACGUCGGCUCACCUAUUCUGCACGGGGAUCCUCAAGGCAACCACAGACGCCUUGAGCCACUAUCACAAUUGUCUGGCUGAACUACAGAGGUGGUUUGGCCUGACGAUCGAUCGUCCUUUGGAUCCACUUGACUCGGGGCUACAAGAGAUCCAAACGACCGACGACGACACUCUCGACGCAAUCACAGUCGGCCUCUACUUUCUUGCCUCGACAGACCUGAUGCUAGGCGACUUUGGUCGGCUCCGACGAGUCCUGGACCUCGAAGCCGAAAUCCUCCUCGCUCAAGGACUCGGCCCACAGCGGCCCCAGCUCAAGCUCGGCAGAUUAUCCACCGUGGCGGCGAUGUGGUUUUGCUACCUCGACGCGCGCACGGCAUCUUUCGGCAUGCGGGCGACGAGCAUCCUGCAAGCGAUGGGCGGCGAGUCCGGGAUGGUGCAGGCGACUGGGGCAACCAAGGACCUGCUGCGGAGCGAGUACAGCCCGAUAUACCCGUCCCAGCAGCAGCAACGGGACGAGGUCCAUCUGCCACUGCUCAAGACGAUGAAUAGGCUGACCAUGAGGCACUCGCUGAGCGAGAUCCGCGAGCAGCUCAACCUCCAUGCCACCUCAUACUCAGAAGACAAGCGGCUCCCACCCUCAUCAUAUUACACGACAAGCGCCCUGUACCACGGCGUCGAGAUAUACCUCUCCCGCAUGGCCUUGCCAGCCGCACCCCUUCACGCAGCCGACGCCCACGGGCAGGCAGUUGUGCGCUUGACUGAGGAGAUGUAUCGGACCCUCAACCUACCACGUACGGAGCCGCCGCCGACCAAGAUGUGGCCGAUCCCGCUAACGCUGGCGGCCAUAGAGACCAGCGAUGCCGUGUACCGGUCCUGGGCGAUGGAGAAGCUGCACGCGUACACGCCACGCGCGGGCGCGCACUAUGCCAGCUCGGUGCAGUUUGCCGAGAAGGUGUCCCCUGGCCCAACAUCGCCAUCAUCCCGUUACUAUCAACACAUCAUUGUCCAUGGCCUCCCAUACGACCGCGGCUACUCGCACGGGACACAGUUGCGGACCAAGAUCCACGCCAACAUCGCAUACUACAAGCUGCCGGGCAAGCUACCACACCCGACAAUAUGCGCCGCGAUCAUCCGCGAGAGCUACCUGCCCGCCCUCGAGGCCAAAUACCCUACCGGACUUGACGAGAUGAGAGGCAUUGCCGCCGGUGCCGAGGUGCCCCUUGAGGAUAUCGUCAUGCUCAACGCCCGCUACGACCUCGCCCGCUGCAUGUAUCUCCUCCACGACGGCGGCAGGACGCCUCAUCUCGACAUGGACGCUCACAAAAAUGGCCAGGACGAGUGCACGGGAGCUUUCUUCGCCGCAGAGGUUAUCGCCUCGGGCCACGAUCUCGCCGUGCACAACUGGGAUAUGUCGAGCCACCUGCACGACCAGGACCUCAUCAUCUACCUCGAAGUCCGACCGCACCCCUCAGAGCGCCAGCCAGCCAUGUUUAUCCUCACCGAGGCCGGCCAGCUCAUCCGUAGCGGCAUCAACACCGCCGGGCUCGCGGUCACCGCGAAUUCGCUUCUCUGCAGCACUGACCACGUGCCUCUGACGUCCUACCUCGGCGUCGAGGGCACCCUUCGCCACCCACCCUCCCCAAGCCCGACACCAACCAUACCCAUCUCCCUCGCCCGUCGUGUGUUCCUCGAGCACACAAACUACGCCACCGCCCUUUCCGCAGUACACGCCCUCCCGCGCCAUGUCUCGGGAAACCUCACCCUCUGCAGCGCCGGCGGCGCCGCCAUAUGUCUCGAGCUCACCCCCGGCCGGACCUACAAGUUCUACGGCUCGCACAUUGACGACAAUUACCUCGUCCACAGCAACCACUUCCUCAGCCCAUCCUUCGGCACCCAAUCUGGCGCGGUAUUCGACCGCUCGCCAGGGGGGAGCACAUGGUUUCGGAACCGACGCGCCGAGCAAAGGGUUAGAGCGGCGUGCAAGUCCGGCUUGCUGACCAAGGAGCAUAUCCGCGCCGCGUUCUCGGACCACUUUGGUUUUCCGCAUAGUUUGUGCCAGCAUGCUGAUCACGAGGGGGCGAAGAAUGGGCCAAGUCACGUGUUGACGGGGUAUACGUCUAAGCUGAGUAUGACGGUCGCUUUCGUUAUUUAUGAUUUGACAGAGAGGAAGAUUACUGUUUGUAAAGGGACGCCUUGUGAGGGGUUUGUAGAGGAGUACAGCCUGAAGGAGAAGGAUGGGUGGUGAGCUGGAUACACUGAGGGUAGUGAAACGUUCUUUAGUCACGCUAGGCCGGGAAACCAGAACUUAUCGAUUACUCAUCGUUUCCAGUGUUAGAGC